AACUCGCAGAUUUAAAAGACACAAAAGAAAUAAUAAUAAGCCAAGCGAAAGCGAAAGCCAAAGCAAUCUGAGCUUUGAACAGAGUUCGCACAGCGAGACCGAGAGAGAGAUCGUUCAUCCAUCAUGAUCUCGCAAUUCUUCGUUCUAUCGCAGCGUGGCGAUAACAUUGUCUUCCGUGACUAUCGUGGUGAAAUACAAAAGGGAAGCACAGAAAUAUUUUUCCGUAAAGUGAAGUUUUGGAAAGAGGAUGGGCAAGAGGAGGCACCACCUGUCUUUAAUCUGGAUGGUGUAAACUACUUCCAUGUGAAGGUUGUUGGAUUGUUUUUUGUUGCAACCACAAGAGUUAACGUAUCACCCUCUCUCGUCUUGGAGCUCUUACAAAGGAUUGCCCGUGUCAUUAAAGAUUACCUUGGGAUUCUGAAUGAAGAAUCAUUGCGGAAAAAUUUUGUGCUUGUGUACGAGUUGCUUGAUGAAGUUAUAGAUUUUGGUUAUGUACAAACAACAUCCACCGAAAUGUUGAAGUCUUAUGUUUUUAAUGAGCCAAUAGUGGUUGAAGAUGCACGUUUGCAAUAUUCUGCCCUUUUUAUGCAAGGGACAAAAAGAAUGCCAGGAACAGCUGUCACAAAAUCUGUUGUAGCAAAUGACCCUACGGGUAGGAGGAGGGAGGAGAUUUUUGUUGAUCUAAUUGAGAAAAUCAGCAUCACCUUUAGCUCAAGUGGAUAUAUACUGACUUCUGAGAUAGAUGGCACCAUUCAAAUGAAGAGCUAUCUCACUGGCAAUCCAGAAAUACGAUUAGCUCUUAAUGAUGACCUGACUAUAGGAAGAGGAGGGAGAUCAGUAUUUGAUUACAGGAGUUCAUCUGGGACUGGAGCAGUGAUAUUGGAUGAUUGUAAUUUUCAUGAAUCUGUACAUCUAGAUAGUUUUGAAAUGGACAAAACUUUGAGCUUGGUACCACCAGAUGGUGAAUUUACGGUCAUGAACUAUCGAUUGACUCAGGAGUUCAAACCUCCUUUUCGUGUAAACACUUUGAUUGAAGAAACAGGAGCCCUUAAGGCUGAAGUAAUUAUUAAAGUACGUGCGGAGUUUUCCUCAAGCAUUACUGCAAACACAAUUAUGGUUCAGAUGCCACUACCAAAAUAUACUACGAGAGCCAGUUUUGAGUUGGAACCUGGAGCAAUUGGACAGACAACAAAUUUCAAGGAAGCAAAUAGGAGACUUGAAUGGGGUCUAAAGAAGAUUGUUGGUGGAUCUGAACAUACUCUGCGCGCAAAGCUAACAUUUUCUCCGGAAUCACAUGGAAAUAUUACAAAAGAAUCUGGGCCAGUUAGCAUGACUUUCACAAUACCAAUGUAUAAUGCUUCCAGGCUUCAGGUGAAAUACUUGCAGAUAGCAAAGAAAUCCGGAACUUAUAAUCCAUAUAGGUGGGUGAGAUAUGUUACUCAGGCCAAUUCGUAUGUUGCUCGUAUAUGAUGUGGUUAAAACUUCCUGUUGCCGCCAUUUUUUUAUAACCAAAAAAAAAAAAAAAAAAAAGGGUUAAAAGAGAGGGCGAUCAAAAUGGCUUCCCUACCUGGACAUGACCAUAGUUGCCCCCACUUUUAUUGCUAGCUUAUCAUUCUAGUUGAAUUAUACAUCAAAGUUGUAUUCAUGUUUUUUGCAUUUGAUCCUUGUGCUAGUUGCUUUUUAUCUAGAUUGGAUUCUUGUCUCUCUAGUUGGCAUUGUUUGUUCAACAUACAACAUUUAAAUAGGUGUCUGGACAUUUUUUAAGAAUGGAGUGUGAUACAAUAAAUGUAAUGAUUCUGAGCCCUUGGCCACUAA